GGAACAGUCACUUUUUGGAUGUUCGUUUUUUUUCCGGUCCUACUGAACAUCACGUCCGGUGUUUUUUUCAGAGCGGUGCACUCGUUUUUUGGAAGAACGGCCGACCCAGACACCAAGAUGCGGUCCCCUCUCUUGAAUAUUGCUUUUCUUUCCUCGUAUAUUCUGCUUUCUGUGACUCAUAUUCAGAAGGUUUCAGCUGAAGGGAAUUCAAGAGGGUUUGGGGAAAACAUCCACUGGAGGAGUCUGGAUGAUGGCAAGAAGGAAGCUGAGGCCAGUGGACUGCCAUUGAUGGUCAUCAUCCACAAGACUUGGUGUGGUGCAUGCAAAGCUCUGAAGCCCAAGUUUUCUGAGUCCAAGGAGAUUUCUGAACUGGCCCAUAACUUCGUAAUGGUCAACCUGGAGGAUGAGGAGGAACCUAAAGAUGAGACCUACAGCCCUGAUGGUGGAUACAUCCCCAGAAUACUCUUCCUAGACCCGAGUGGAAAAGUCCACCCGGAGAUCACUAACAGAAAUGGAAACCCCAACUACAAGUAUUUCUACAGCAACGCAGACCAAGUCGUGUCUGUGAUGAAGGAGGCCCAGGAGAAGCUGACCGGGGACGCUUUCAGGACUCACAUUGAAGAUGAGCUGUGAGGAAGAGGAGGGAGGGGCUGGAUGGUUCUAUCCACUACCCUCAUGCCUGAAGUGUCCACUGGUUCACACCACUUCUCUACACCCAGAGCUUUUAAAUACAUAUGGAGGAGUGAGCAAGUGCACACUUCAGGGAGAAGGGUAAGGAUUUGGAACAUAUUCAAGGGCUAUCUUUCUGUCAGUGCCCCCAGUGGCAGCCUACCACCGCUCCCCAACUCCCGGCCCUGGAGGGGUUCUGUCCACUGUUCCUCGUUCCCCAACUCCCGACCCUGGAGGGGUUCUGUCCACUGUUCCUCGUUCCCCAACUCCUGGCCCUGGAGGGGUUCUGUCCACUGUUCCUCGUUCCCCAACUCCCGACCCUGGAGGGGUUCUGUCCACUGUUCCUCGUUCCCCAACUCCUGGCCCUGGAGGGGUUCUGUCCACUGUUCCUCGUUCCCCAACUCCCGACCCUGGAGGGGUUCUGUCCACUGUUCCUCGUUCCCCAACUCCUGGCCCUGGAGGGGUUCUGUCCACUGUUCCUCGUUCCCCAACUCCCGACCCUGGAGGGGUUCUGUCCACUGUUCCUCGUUCCCCAACUCCCGACCCUGGAGGGGUUCUGUCCACUGUUCCUCGUUCCCCAACUCCUGGCCCUGGAGGGGUUCUGUCCACUGUUCCUCGUUCCCCAACUCCCGACCCUGGAGGGGUUCUGUCCACUGUUCCUCGUUCCCCAACUCCUGGCCCUGGAGGGGUUCUGUCCACUGUUCCUCGUUCCCCAACUCCCGACCCUGGAGGAGUUCUGUCCACUGUUCCUCGUUCCCCAACUCCUGGCCCUGGAGGGGUUCUGUCCACUGUUCCUCGUUCCCCAACUCCCGACCCUGGAGGGGUUCUGUCCACUGUUCCUCGUUCCCCAACUCCCGACCCUGGAGGGGUUCUGUCACCUGUCCAUAAACUUACUACUAAUAGUUAGACUUUUUGUUCUGUUACCUCAUAACCUGUCAGUUCGUAUUAUGUUCUGUUUGUGUGGGUGUGUGUUGGGAGAAGUGUGAAUCGGUCCAAUUAACAGGAUCUCGGGCCAGUCUGAGAAAUAGGGUCAGGAUUUUGGGAAGCAAGCUGAUUCCAGAUCUGCACCUGAGACUGUGACCCCUCACUGUGGCCUGACUGAACAUGUCUUGGUGUUGACCAAAGCAAACACUCCAUUUGACACAUUAUCGCUGCUCCCAACCGUCACCCCAACCAUGCAACCUGUUUCUCAUUGUUAUUAUGGACGUUGCCGACUUUCGGUGUUACCUGUGAUGUCCACCAUUCCCAGUUUAAUUGUACUUGAAUAAAGGCCAUGUAGA